CGGUCCCCGCUACGACUUCGGAUCCGCGGUAGAUAACCUUCAUCAGAAAGGAUGGAGUUGGGGAAAGGAAAACUUCUCAGGACUGGGCUGAAUGCCUUGUAUCAAGCAGUACACCCAGUUCACGGCCUUGUCUGGACCAAUGGGAAUCAGGUAGUCCUGACUGAUGUACAGCUUCAGAGUGGAGAGGCCAAGUUUGGGGACUCGGAGGUCAUUGGACAAUUUGAACAGGUGUAUGGGGUGUCCUGGGCCCCACCUGGUGCAGCUGACACGCCCCCUCUGCUCGCUGUCCAGCACACGCAGCAUGUCACUGUGUGGCAGCUGUGUCCCAGUACUAAGGAGUCAAGCAAGUGGUUGAUGUCUAAGACCUGUGAAAUUAGAGAAUCGCACCCUGUCCUUCCCCAAGGCUGUGUGUGGCACCCCGAAAGUGCUGUCCUGGCUGUGCUGACCGCACAGGAUGUCUCCGUUCUCCAUAAUGUGCACUGUGACAGUUCCCGGGUAAGAGCAGACAGCAGCGCCCCAGGCCUUAUUCAUUGCGCCUGUUGGACCCAGGACGGCCAGAGGCUGGUGGUGGCAGUAGGCAGCAGCCUGCAUUCUUAUAUUUGGGACAGUGCGCAGAAGACUCUUCACAGGUGCUUCUCCUGCUCGGUGUUUGAUGUGGACAGCUACGUGCGCUCUAUCGGAGCCACUGUGGCCUCACAGGUCGCCAUAGCCACUGAGCUUCCGCUGGAUAAGAUUUGUGGCUUAAAUGCAUCUGAAGCACUUGAUGUUCCGCCCAGUAGUGAAGACACUUGUCUGGUUGAUGACACGGUUACUAAUGACAUGUUCUCUGUGGAUAAGGGGGCAAUCCCUUCUGACACAAAUUUGGACAUGUCAGUUUCUCCCUUUUCUUCUUCCUUUUCAGAUCCUCUGGAUCUGACUCAUAUAAUUUUCAAUAGAUCGAAGUCUGAGGGUAAUAACCUUAUUUGUCUAAGAAAAAAGGACUACUUGACAGGAACUGGUCUGGAUUCUUCACAUUUGGUACUUGUGACUUUUGAGAAAGAGGUUACCCAGACCAGGAAAGUCCCCAUUCCAGGCAUUCUGGUUCCUGAUCUGAUAGCAUUUAAUCUUAAAGCACAGGUUGUGGCAGUGGCCUCCAAUACUUGUAAUAUAAUUUUUAUCUAUUCUGUCAUUCCAUCGUUUAUGCCAGACAUCCAGCAAAUUCAGUUAGAGAGUAGUGAACGACCAAAAGGCAUAUGUUUCUUGACAGAUAAAUUAUUACUAAUUUUGGUAGGAAAACAAAAAUCCACGGAUUUGACAUUUCUUCCUCCUUCAAAGUCUGAUGAGUAUAUCAUUCGCUUGAUUGUUAGAGAAGUAAUGUUGAAAGAGGGAUUUCCAAUAACAUUGAGUGAAAACCAGAGUGGCUACUCUAGUUUCAGUCUUCUGCUAGAUAAAACAGAGGAAAAGAAGCUAAUUGAAGGUCUUUCUCCAGAUACGUAUCACCAAAACAGAGGGCUCUUGUUAACAGCUAAUUGCAGGAGUCAGGGUGGGAGGCCCGAACGUACCCUUAUUAAAGAAAUCAAAAGUCCUCCGUCCAGCGUCGGCGAUGGCUCCGUAGUCCUGGAAACUCUAGGUGCCGAGCCUGUGACCCAGCCAGUGACCCUGCCCAGACCCAGCAACGUGCCAGGCCACACCAGCACCCCGGAGCCCCCUAAUUUUCCUCAGAGAAAGAACUCACAACGGGAAAAGGAAACUUACCAGCCGUCUAAGGAACUGGAAAUUUUAUCUCAGAAACUGAAUGAAGUACAGCGAUGUCUUUCUGAGCUCACAGACUCCCUACAUAAUGGAAAGAAACCCUCUCCAGUGUAUCCACUCUCUCAGGAUCUGCCUUAUGUCCACAUCUCUUACCAGAAACCUUAUUAUAUAGGUCCCAUUGUUGAAACAAGAAACGUGCUUCUCUGCAAUGGCAAACUAAGGCUCAGUACCAUUCAGCAGACUUUUGGCCUCUCUCUUAUUGAAAUGCUGCAUGGCUCCCGCUGGAUCCUUCUCUGCGCCGAUAGCGAAGGCUUCAUCCCGUUAACUUUCACAGCCACACAGGAGAUAAUCAUACGAGAUGGCAGCUCCAGGUCAAAUAUCUUCAGAGACUCUUUGUCUCAGAGUGUUGAGUCUGGUCCUUGUCAUGAAAUCUAUAGGGACCUUACAGUCCAAAGUUUAGAUACCACUGGUUAUUCUAACCAUUUAGGCAGUAUGGCCUGACAUUUGUUUAAAGAGUACUCGCCGUGCAGCCUUUCGGAUGGGACCAUUACACAAGAGCUCUCUUCCGCCACGGUCUCGCCCCAGCUGGGACUUGAACCGCGGCACUGAGGUGCAGCGCUCGCCCUGGCUGGCUCGGCCCCUGCCGCUUCCCUCUCCCUCCCAGGCCGAGGCUCCCUGCACUCUGUAGCCGGGCUCAGGCUUUGUGAGAUGGCUUAGAAAGUGCUUGUUUAUAUAUUCACAAUCAUGUGGUUUUGUCUAAAGGCAGAAUUCCCAGAACAAGACAAUACGAUGGUGCCACCAGGAUUGUGUUUUACGGCUUCUCAGAGGCUUUCUGUCUCUUGCCCAGAGCUGUGUGAAAGCUCUCUCAGAGCACUUAAAAGGUACCUCAGCUUGGCUACAGAGCUUUCUCUUGGCUUACAGGUGAGGAUGAGGAGUACUGGGGGGCAGACCCUCCAGUGCGUCCUUUUAACCCCAAACCAGCAGGAAUCAACAGAGCUCAGAGGGAGACAAAAAGCCCAUUGACCUCUAUCCCCAGGGCUCCCUAGAACAGGAAUUAGUUACAGUGUUGGCUGGGCUGCCCAGAAUUUAAACCGAACCUUCUUUAGAAAAUUCUAGCUGACUAAGGUCCAGAUACUCCUAAAAACUGGCCCCGGGCAGAUUUCAAACAACAUUUCAAGCCCCACUUGAGCACCUGCUGAUGUUGCUAACACAGUACCAAGCACCGGGGAGAGCUAAGGCCUGGUCUUAUGUCACUCCUGAUUUUCUCCCUGAGGAUUUUUUCCCCCCCUGUCUUGGGAUUAUAAAAAUACCCUGUUUUUCUCCUCAUAAUCAACUCUUAAAUUGUUGCUUUAAUUUUGGUAUUUUUCUUUUUCUUCCAUUCAAGUCUUAGAGACCAGCAUAGAGUCUGUGAGAGAAAGUAUUUUGGACAGUUGGAAUUUCACUGAAUCCAGGGUAGUUCUAAAAAGUACCAGUUAUUAUAAUUACGGGCUAAAGGGCCAGUGUAGUAUCGUGGAAAGAGCCCUGAGCCCAACCUCAGGCAGACACAGUGCUUCUCACCGCCUUCAGACACGGUCGCUAAUGUAGUUACUGCAGCAUAAACAGCUUGGUCAGUGUGUGGCUGGAGCCCACCUGCAGAUGAAUUGUCUCGGCCACAGAUGCUACAUUAGCACAAAGGCAUUUUUUCCAUUUCCUUUAAAAUUAUCUGGAAAGAAAUGUUUUGUACCUUUGGGGACUCCAGUCUGUCUGUUACAGUUUAUGAAGAUGGAGCUGGGAUAGGAAAGGAGCGAGGGCCCAUUUUGUGGUUCAGAUGCAUUAGACAGC